UGUGCGUUUCGGCCGACCGUCCAGACGGAGCCGGCGGAUCCGGUGCCCGAAACCGCACAUUUCUGAGACCAUGGGUGGUUCUCGCCUCUUCAUUGAAGUUACAAUCUGUCCUGAGAAUGUGUGUGUUGGGAGGACUAGGGUUGGCAUCACCAGGGUUCGCGGGGAAAUUUAAGCUGAAUGUAACCUGAUACUAGGGGGCGGGGAAACUUCGGGAUCCCGGUGCGUGCCACACUCUCUCACCGGGUGGUGUGUUGACUUCAUACACUCUCUUUCUCAGCGGGGUGUUUCGUCAUUAGAGAGUAAUAAACCAUCGAGUCAAGUGGACUUGUACGAUCGAAUCAACUGAACAAUAAACCAUAAUUAAAGGCAUCAUUUCGAUGGCUUGUUUGCGUGUGUCUGUGUUUUUCUCUGUGGCCCUCCUCUGUGAAGCCUUGCCCACUCCACCGGGCACCAAUCCAAACGGGGCUGGACUGCUGCGCCAACGCUCCUGCCCUGAAGGCCUGUACCCGUCAGCGAGCCUGUGCUGCCUCAACUGCCCCGCUGGCGAACACCAGGUCUCCCCGUGCUCCAGCGACCGGGGGAGCAGUGUGUGCUCAGAGUGUCCCGUGGGGACGUUCACGGAGCACAGCAACGACCUGCGCACCUGUCUCACCUGCACCCGGUGCCGCCCAGACCAGGAAGAGGUGCAGCCCUGCUCCCCCACCAACGACACGGUGUGCCGGUGUAAGCCCGGGUCCUUCUGCGCCCACGACCAGGCCUGCGAGGUGUGUCAGCGGUGCAGGAGCUGUAACGACGGAGAGACGCGGGUGAAGAGCUGCACUGACCACUCCAACAGCGAAUGCGCCAAGACCCCGACGCACGGUACCCCAACGGAGGGUAGGUCUCCUGAUUCAGGCUCAGCCCCCCUGGCGCUCUGGUGGAUUCUAGGCGUUGGUGUUGGUUUUGCUGUAAUUGGCGUCUUGGUCUACAAGAAAGGGCGACCUUGGUUGACAUGCUUGCUUAGCCUGUCACCUGGCCAUUCUCAGCAGGAUGCCAAAAGGCAUGGAUCCCUCGAGAUCGCGCAGAACGCCCAUAACGUGUUGGUGGAAGUCCCCCUGCUGCCCCCUGAAAAGCCCAGAAGCGACGGCUCGGUCGAUGAAGAAGACCUUGGUCUGGGCAGCAGCAGCUCUGAGACCAGCCUCACGGUCGAACGCACUAAUCUGUGCACCUCGACGCCCCCUGCACAGACCCCAGCGGGCUGGACUACCAGCCCGCCCUAUGCGAGGAAUGAUGACGAUUCACUGCUAGUUCCUUUAAAUGGUGACAUGUCUCUAAAGCACUGCUUUGAGUAUUUUGACGAUGACAUGGUUUCCAAGGUUCACAAGAGGUUCUUCCGGAGAUUGGAUCUGAGCGACAAAGUUAUCGACAGAGCAAUCAACAACGUAAACAACGAGGACUGCGUCUAUGAGCUGCUGGGCGUGUGGCUGGAGAGGGAAGGCCAAGAAGCUAAACUCCACCACCUGCUGCAAAAGGUUAGGGACUUGGAUCAGAACCGGACGGCAGACUCAAUUGUUACAAAGGCCAUCGCUAACGGGCACUAUAAAAGAUGGGUGAUUCCACAACCAUCGUAUUCGGGCAAAAGCGAUGAGUGAAUCAGAGCUGGGGGGUCUUGCUUUGGGACUUUCUUGGGCUUUUCUGCAACUCUUUAAGAAAAAUAAAAUAAAGGUCCAACUGCAUAAAUGUGGUGAGGGGGAAAUUCCAAGAGGACCAAGUCCAUCGGAACAAACCCGGGGUGAUGGGGAUUCUAUUUUUCCUGUGUCCACUGCUGUUUUGCUGUAAUAUAUCUGAACAGUGGUGAACAUAAAACGUUUACUUACUUGUGACAUGAAGUCAAAAGGUUCUCAGGGUCACGCGGUGGCAACCUACUAGCCUUCAAGCUGUGUGGUGUCAAUCGGCCGUAGUGAAUGAUGUUCGUCUUCCGCGUUAUGUAGGAAAAAUGAACCAAUGUUGUGAAACAAAAAUAGUGUAGUUGUAAACUCAUUAUGAUUGUAGGCUCUAUGAUUGUAGGCCUGUUCGAAGUUCUGGAAAUGGACCGAACGCCCGGGCUACCCUGACCUCAGGGAAUGUCCACCGAACGCAGUACUGGGUGUGUGCCAGAAUUGCACACCGCACUGCCCAAUCAAGAAAAAAUAUGCAUCUAAGUGUAUCUAUAUUAUCCUAUAUAGAUACAGAGACGGAUAACUUAAAUCCUAGCUCUAGUUAGAUGUAUAGAU